CGUACAAUUUACAAAAUAAUAAAUUAAAAACAAAAACAAUAUUAAAGAAAUUGUGCAAGAAAUAAAAAACAAAAAUAUAUAUGAACUUCUGAAAAGAUUUCAAAAAAUAUUAAUAAAUCAUUUAUUCCAUAAAUAAAAUAAAUUAAAGAAAAACAUAAACAAAAUGUUAACAAAUAUGGAAAGUGCUAAUAGUGGUUUAAACGGUAUCGGUAAAGUGCUUACUACGCCCUUUUCAAUUAACGAUAUUUUAACGCGCAAUCAUGCCGAGCGCCGCUUAUCGCGCACCGAAUCAGAAUUGGAAUUAUCGGCCGUUAAUAUGCGGGCGGAAGAGCAACAUUUAAAAAACUAUGUCAAUUAUAAAUACAAUCGUUCGUCCAACGAAAAUGUGUCCGAUGCUAGUGCUUCAGAGCAUGCCAUGAGAACCACAGAUUUCCGUCCCUCAUUUUAUGCCUUGGAUAAUAACAAUCAAGCGGAUUAUAUGGCCCAUAAAUUGGGUUACUUUAGUGCUGCGGCAGCUGCCUUGGCUGGCGGUCGUUCAGACUGUCCCAUUGAUAUGAGAAGAUGUACCAGUAAUGAUUCCGAUUGUGAUUCCCCACCUCCUUCUGGCAAUUCUUCCGGUUUAUACACCUCGCCCACCAAUGAUGGUUCUUUGUCCCCCUUGCAAGACGAUUCGCAGGGUGGAAAUUUAAAUCGCAAGAAACGAUCAAGAGCUGCUUUCAGCCAUGCCCAGGUUUUUGAAUUGGAGAGACGUUUUGCACAACAGCGUUAUCUCAGUGGUCCCGAACGCUCUGAAUUGGCCAAGUCCUUGAGACUAACCGAAACUCAAGUGAAAAUCUGGUUCCAAAACCGUCGCUACAAGACCAAGCGCAAGCAAAUCCAACAGCAUGAGGCCGCUUUAAUGAAUGCUGCUGCCAGCAAACGUGUUCCCGUCCAAGUUCUGGUUAGAGAAGAUGGCACCACUACUUAUGCUCAUAUGUUUCCUCAUACGGCCGCCAGUUAUGCUCAUGGCUUAGAUCCCGCUCUCAUCAAUCUCUAUCGCCAUCAAUUGCAAAUGGCUUAUGGUGUGGGAGUACCUUUGCCCCAAGUACCUUUUCCCUACUUCCCCUAUGCCCAUGCCGCGGCAAAUGGUAAAAUUCCCCAACCCAUACCACCACCCAGUCAUGUGUCAGCAGCAGCAGCAGCCGCCGGCCUCAACUCUAAAGCAUCCAUGGCUUCGCACUAUCUCAACUCAUCAUCGGCCUCAUCCUCACCCACCCAUCUAAAUCAGUGCACACCCAGUUCGAGUCCCAACAACAACUCCAUUUCAAAUCCUGCCAGCUCUUCAGCCCACCGUAAUUUACCCAUGGAUAGGGGCAGUGAAAACUCCCACUCGGAGGUGGAAGAUUUUGAAGAAAAUGUUGAGAUCGAUUAGAAUCACAAAUGUUUUUUUUUGUGAUUUUGAAAAUGUUCAUUUAUGUGGCUUGUGAUAUACGUAGUUAAAAGUUUUAAAAUCUCUUUUAAGUUGUUUAUAAUAGUGCGAAUUUUAGUGUUAGAGAUUCUUGUUGUGAGGAUUAAACAUAUUACAGCU